UAAGUAAUUAUAAAUAAUCAAAUGAAGUAAAGUUUCUUUGGAGCUUCUGAUGUUUAUAUCCUUAAAUUAGGGAUACAAUAAAAUGUGCUUUGGAUUCAUAUGAAAUGUAUAUAAUUGUAUUAAAGAUUGUCAUACUUAAUAUUUCUAUAUUACAAGUAUUUCAGUAUAUGUUCUUUUAGUAAUUGAGACGCAAAUGAUAUGUCUCAUUUUUUAUUAAAAUUCGUAGAACUAUAUAAACAGAUUUAUAAAAUAUGAUUUCGAUUUGUAAAGAAAGUCAACAAGAACGGAGUAAUAAUUUUGUUUUUUAAUUUCAUAUCAGUUGUAUCAGAUUUUAAUUUCAUUGAGAUCUUUGAUAUUGGCUACAAACAAUAACGAAUUUUAAAGAAAUAUCCCACAAUAACUUACUAAGUUAUUAUAGAUAUCACAGAGUUCUGAAGCUAUGUUCAUGAUAUACAGUUCACUAUCUUCAUAUUGUAUAUAUGUAAUGUGUUCUUGGAAAUCGCCGGAGUUUCACCUCUGUAAAAGUCUUUUGUGGUAUAAUCAUAAAGAUCAACAACAUUGACAUUUUAUGAUGUUGAGAUUACUUUAAAUAUUAUUUUAAAAUGUCAACUGAAACAGCACAUAUAUCUGAUACCCUCAGAAUUCUUCAUUUACCCCAAGAGCUUUCUGAUGAUCGGCGAAUUGAAUUAUUUAAGAAAUAUGGUGCAAUUAAAAUACAUACCUUAAGACUGUCUAAGAAAUAUACUGUAACUUAUGCAAAGUUCCCAUCUCAACAAGCAGCCACAGAAGCAUUAUUGCGUCUGCAUCAGUUAAAUGUUAGAGGACAAUAUUUAACAGUUGAAUAUGCGAAAAAAUCCAUAACUACUGAAAGCACAGAAAAUGAAAUUCCAAAUGAUAAAGUUACAAAAGAAGAACACAAAAAGGACUCUACAAAUAAAUCUAAUUUUCAAGCUUUCUUACAGAAGUUAAAUAGUUGGACGAUGAAUCAUGUUUUUACACAACCACCUCCACCAAAUAUAUAUUAUAAAUAUUCAGCACCAACAAAGAGUACAUUAAUAAGAAUAGCUAUACAAUUAUUAAAAGAACCAACUUUUUAUACACAGGUUUUACACUUAAUGAAUAGAAUGAAUUUGCCUCCUCCAUUUGAAGAAUUAGAGACAGAAUUUCCUAUGCUAAAAAAAGUCUAUGAUAUGAAAAAAUAUAAAGAUAUAUUUAAUAGCGAUACAUUAUUUCAUAGAGACAAUGGUUCUGAUGAAGAUGCUGAGGAAGAAGAGUCUGAAAUAGAAUCGAAUGAGGAAGAUAAUGCAAUGCAACAUUUAGAAAUUGUUCCUGUAAAAAGGAAACGUCUUCAGUCAACAAAACGUUUAAAAAUUCCAAAAUUUGUUAAUCCUGCUAAACAAAUUACAUCUGCAAGUUCUACGCAAAAGAUUGUAAAACCAGAAGAUAUGUUUGAAUCGGUACAAAGAGCAGAAACAAAAAAUCUGAAAAUUGAAUUAAAAACAGUAGAUACAUUUCUGGAUACUUUAAAUAAAGAAGAUAAUUCUACUAUGAAAAGUGAUAGUGAUAGUGGUUUUGGUUUAAUGUUUCCAUUUCCUAAAAAUCCUGAAACCAUUGAAGAUGAAAACAUUGAAGAUACUCGACAAAAUGUAAUUACAUCCAAAGAACUAAUAAAUAAUAAAAUUUCAGCUAAUGAUCAAAGAUUACUUCCAGUUUUUAAAAAUUAUCAUCCUGGAAAGCCAUCAAAUCGUUUGUAUAUAAAGAAUCUUGCAAAAGAUGUUGAAGAAAAGGAUCUAGAUUUUAUCUAUCAAAAAUAUGUGAUACCUCACUGUAAAACAGAAUUUCAGUACAAUGUACGACUUAUGCAGAAGGGUAGAAUGAAGGGACAAGCGUUCAUUACGUUACAAAAUAUAGAACAAGCACAAUUAGCUCUUGAUGAAACAAACGGUUAUAUUUUAAAAGAGAAACCAAUGGUUGUGCAAUUUGCUAAAGCAGCAAAAUGUUAGUAGAAAUACUUUUUCAAUAUUUUAUUUUUUUUAUUUAUAAAAUAUACAACACAAAAGAAAUAAUUUUAAUAAAUGAAUAAAUCAUUUUUAAUUUUUUAUAACAAUUUUAUUUAUAUAUAUUCCGUUUAUAACAAAUCACAACAUUUAUAAAAAUAUGAAUAAGUAAUCGCAUAAUUCCGCCGAUAAUGUAGAAAAAUAUUGAUUUUUUUAACUGUAUUUCCCCGAUCUGAAAAAUAUGAAAAAACUGGGUAUUAAUAGUCAUA